GCGGGGCCGCCCGGCCGCGUCACGGGCUGUGCGUCACGGGCUGUGCGCCGCCGCCCGGCCCGCCGCCGCCCGCGCUCGCCCUGGCGCCGCCGCGAUGCUGCGCCGCCUCCUCCGCUGCGCCGCGACCCCGGCCGGGCGUCAGCCCCGCGGCCGAGGCGGGACCCCGCUGCCGCCUGCAGCCGCCCGCACCGUGAUGACCGCGGUGCCGCUGGCUCACGAGGUGCUGGAGGGCAGCGGGGCCCGGCCGCCCCUGGUGAUCCUCCACGGGCUCUUCGGCAGCCACGGCAACUUCCACACGGUGGCCAAGACGGUGGCGCGGCGCGGCGGCGGCAAGGUGCUGACGCUGGACGCCCGGAACCACGGAAGCAGCCCCCACAGCCCGCUCAUGACCUACGAAGCGAUGAGUCUGGACGUGCAGCACCUCCUGUCCCGCCUGGGCAUCACCAAGUGCAUCCUCCUGGGACACAGCAUGGGGGGCAAGACGGCCAUGACGCUGGCCUUGCAGCGGCUGUCCUGCUUGUGUCCCCAGCCAGACCUAGUAGAGCGCCUGAUCUCCGUAGACGUUAGUCCCAGCUCAACCACAGCUGUCUCUGAAUUCUCUGCCUACAUCUCCGCCAUGAAGUCAGUGAACAUCCCCGAUGGUCUGCCACGCUCUGCAGCCCGCCAGCUGGCUGAUGAUCAGCUGCGUCCAGCUGUCCAGUUGGCACAGCUGAGACAGUUCCUUCUCACCAACCUGGUGGAGGUGGAGGGCCGCUACACCUGGCGGGUAAACCUGGAGGCUAUUUCCCAUCACUUGUCAGAUAUCAUGAACUUCCCAGUCUUCCACAAGCCGUAUCCAGGCCCCACACUUUUCUUGGGAGGAUCCAACUCGCCCUAUAUCAGCCGCAAAGACUACCCGGAGAUCCAGCGCCUCUUCCCGAAGGCAGAUAUCCAGUUCAUUGAAGGUGCGGGACACAUAGUCCAUCAAGAUAAGUUUGAAGAAUUCAUCACUGCCAUCCUCAAUUUCCUGCCACCACCAUAGAGCCAGGGACUACGGUUUCCAUGAGCACCAAAUGGGACCCGAGGAGCUCUGGGAGAUGAGGCAGGCCACCUAGGUGAUGUGAGAAGAAGCUUCCACCCCAUCACCCCCUUUGCAGUGUGAUCCUGCCUGCAGAGCCAUCUCCCACUCCAGGUCAGGUAGAGCUGGAGCUGAGAUGCCCUCCCUUGCCCGGCCCUCUGACCUGUCCCUGCCACCUCGCAGGGAUGCAGGGUGUUGCUAGCCCAGGACACUGUCCUUUCUGAGCAUACCGUCCCAGGGGCUGCAUUAGAGUGUCUCAGAUGUUAUAAGGGGGCAGGAGAGCCCUCAGGGAGGAUGCUCCGGUCCGUCGUGGUGGCUUUGUCCUCUUGCAUUGGGCCCAGAGCUGCCUGUGACUGUGCAGAACUUGCAAUAAAGUUGAAUCAAUGCUGAGGCAGAAAA